AUGCUUACAAUCCAUGAAGUCACAGAUGUAGACGUUGUAGCCAUUUCUCCUGAUGGCACGAGACUUGCAUGCCCUUCCCCUCGUACCUCCAUCGACAUCUGGGACCUCCCUCAAGCUUCCUGCUCCCACUCCCUCCAAACCCGCGACCUUCAUGUCUCCAUCAUGUGCUGGAGGCCCGACGGGAAGGCGCUGGCGACGGGAUGGGAGGACGGGCUGAUAGAGGUGUGGGACGUGGAGUCGGAGAGAUGCAUCCGCUCGCUUGAGGAGCAUGCUGGGGAGGUGACGAGCAUGAGCUGGGGACCAGGAGGGAAGAUGCUGGCCUCGAGCUCAGCUGAUAGUCCUAUCAGGAUUUGGAGUUUGAAUGAUGAUGGAUGGCUGAGUGGAAAUGACAGAGGUAGUUUGACUGAAGUACAGGCAUUGAACUUUGCAAGUGAUGGCAAACUUCUUGCGGCUGCCACAGCGAAUCGCAUGAUUCAAAUUUGGAGCACAGAAACAGAUGUUUGUCUUCUGACUCAUCCGGGGCACCAUUCAGCCAUAAGAGGUGCUGUUUUAGCUCCUGAUGGCACGAGACUUGCAUGCCCUUCCCCUCGUACCUCCAUCGACAUCUGGGACCUCCCUCAAGCUUCCUGCUCCCACUCCCUCCAAACCCGCGACCUUCAAGUCUCCAUCAUGUGCUGGAGGCCCGACGGGAAGGCGCUGGCGACGGGAUGGGAGGACGGGCUGAUAGAGGUGUGGGACGUGGAGUCGGAGAGAUGCAUCCGCUCGCUUGAGGAGCAUGCUGGGGAGGUGACGAGCAUGAGCUGGGGACCAGGAGGGAAGAUGCUGGCCUCGAGCUCACCUCUAGGAGAUGUUCGAGUUUGGGAGGUUGACAGAGAAGUGUGCUUACAUGCUUUUCGAUCAAGACUGCAGGUUGUAUCUUGCAUGAAACUUGAUCCCUCCAAGAAGAUGCUAGCAGCUGGAUCGUCUGAUGGAGUCGUCAGCUUGUGGGAUGUGGAGUCGGGUGAUUGUACUCGGAGGUUACAUAACGAUGAAAAAGAAUGA